AUGAAUAACUAGCCAUCCAGAUAACUAUAAGAUACAUUUAUUCCCUAAUCCAUAAUUGAUCGAAUGGCAAUUGAAAAAUGGAUAAAUGAGAUAUUAAAAGUAUCAGGUGGUAAUGGCAAAUACACCAAUUUGAGAUAAUUAGGACUUGAUAGAAAUUCUCUAAAGAGUGCCGGAUUAAAGGAUGAAGAUGUCAACAGAAUUUAUCGAAGCAUGUUUGUUUAUACAGUAGGAUUCUAUGAAAUGCUUAAAGACAUACUUAAAAAUUAUGAAUUAACAGCAAUGAUUUGGUAGGUAUUCGGCAUACUUUUGGAAUAUGUUGCAAAAGGGGAUUUUUAAUUCACGAUUAAUCAAAUUUAUAAAGAAGGUUAAUAAAAAAUAGAAGAGCUCAAUGAAAGGUUGAUGCAAAGAGAACAGAAAUUUAUGUCUAUAGAAAUUUAGGCCUAAGAUGAGAUAAAUCAUUUGCAAAAUCUAAUAUAAGAUCUAAAUAAUUAGUAUAAUUUAUUGAAAUAACAAAAAGAAAAUGUUGAAUUGGACUUUCAAUAAUCUAAUAUCGCAUUUGAGGAUGCAGUAACUCUAAAAAUUCUGUUCUAAUCUAAAAUUAUUGAAAUUGCAUCCAUCUACAGAGAAUAAGCAUAAAAUUAUUCUUAAUUAUCUGAAGAACUCAAUGAAUUGAAAAUAUUGUAUGAUAAAAAUAAUGAUGAUUUGAUAAUGUCUAAAAAACAAGUAGAGUCUAUGAUGGCUGAGAUAAAUAUGAGAGAUAAUUCAAUUACUCAUUUAAAUUAAACAAUAGAAAAUUAAUUAAGAUUAUUGGAUGAAAAAUAGAAAAAAAUUUAAACCUUAGAAUUAAAUAUUACUCAAUUACGAAAAGAUUAUGUAUUUAAUAAAAAUACUUAUAUUGAUUAUGAAUAUUAAUUCAAUUUACUCAAUAUGCAAUUUUCAAAAUAUAAAGAAGAAAACAUACAAAAAUUAUAAGAAUUUUAGAUAUUUUAAAUCACUUAUGGAGAUACUUUAGAAUUGAAUAAGAAAUUAGCAAAUGAGAAUUAAGUAAUCAGACAAGAAACUUCUAAGUUGCAGAAUGAAAAUAAAUAUCUAAAAAUUGUAACAGAUGAAUUAGAAAAUUUAGAGUAAGGUUACAAAUCCAGUAUUUUGUAAUUGUAACAAGAUACUAGAAAUUUAAUUGAAGAAUACGAAGAUAAAAUUAAGAAAUUUCAAAUUACUUAAGUAGAAUAUUAAUUUGGAAUAUAAAGAAUUUAAGUCUAAUAAGAUGAAAUUUUGGCUUUCAAUUAAAAUCUAUAAUAAAUGAAAAUUAAUAAAAAUCAUUUGAAUGAAAUAAUUUUUUAGAACUAAGCCUAAAUUUAGUAACUUUAAAGUGGAUUAGAAGAAAAAGAACAAACUAUUCAAGAGUUAGAAAAGUCUCAAAGUAAAUUAAAAUAGGAUGAAAUUUCUUAUUAAAAAUAAAUAGAAUAAUUACGAAAUACAAUAAAUUCAUAGAAUUUCGUGAUAAUUGAAGAAAGGGAAGAAUUUGAAAAGCUUAAAAAUCAAUUCCAAUCUUAAUUAUUAGAAUUAAGAAAGGUUAAGUCUUUAUAUAAUGAUUAAGUUUUGGAGAAUCAUCAUUUAGUUAAAAGAUAAAAAUAUACUGAUAAUGCCAUCAACGAUGAAAAAAAUAAAAUAAUUGAAUUAGUUAAUGAAAUCACUUUUAUUCGAGCUAAGCAUGCUGAUUUUUUAUAAGUGUAUAAAGCACUUGAAAUAAAGUUUGAUGAAUUCAAGAUUUAAAUGAAUAAGGAUAUAUAAUUGCAAAAAGAUUAAUAUACUGACUCAUUGAAUUAUUAUAAAAAUAUGUAAAAGGAAAUGGUUCAUAAAAUGAUACUUGAAGAUGCGUUAAGUUUAAUUGAUAGAACUAAUUAAUAACCGAUUAACUUAAAUUAAUCAUAAAAGCACGUAGAAGAGUAAAGGAAUUUGUUGAAAAAUAAAAAUUUAGAAUUACAUAAAGAAAUUGAUGAGCUAAACACCAAUUUAAAGCAAUAAAUCAAUUUAAUCUAAAAGUUAUAGUCAGAUUAGAAUAAUACUUCCAAUAGGUUAAAGAUAGUAAAGUUCAAGUAAUUAGUUUAUUUUGUCAGUCUAAAGGAAGUAACAGAAGAGCUGAAAUUAAAAACUGACUCUUUAAUCUAAAUUCAAAACAGUAAUGAAGAUUUGAAAAUCGAAUUGAAAAGGUUAAAGGAAGAGACCAUUAAUUAAAAAUAGCUAAUAAGUAGAUAGAUAAUAUCUUCGUAGGGCUAAUUUGAAUAAAUAGAGGAUUAGGCUUCAACAAAUGAUUUUUAAGAUUUUAGAUCUACUAAACUGUAGAUAAAUCAAGAUUCAUCUAAUGAUUGUUAGGGAUAUUUUAAUUCUUAAAUUAUGUAAUAAAAUGAAAUUAAAAACUCCUAAAAUUAAAUGGAAAAAAAAGUUAAAAGAUUCUCACAAAAACAGGAACAAUAAAAGUUUAAAUUGAAAUAACUGUUCAAAACUGUUAAUUUAUUAGAAUAAUAAGGAGAUAAUCAGAGCCAGUCUAGAAAUUUAUAGGAUUUUUAAAUUCAGGAUAGUUUUCGUGACAUUCUUUCUCACAAUCUCGCAGCAUUAGCAUAAGUUAAGCAAAUGAAAGUUAAAGGGAUAACCAAUCCAAAAGAAAAAUGGAUUUUAAGGUAAGAAACAAAAAUAAUACUUUGAUAAAAAAUGGAAAGAUGAAUUCAAAGUAAUUUGGUCAACUAUUUUAAAUCA